AUGACUCAUCCGGAUCUUCUAACGGGUCUGCCGAUUACGAAGAGCGUGUACAGAACGUGCUUCUUUGAGUCGUCGAAUUACUUAGAUGACAGAUUGACGAACAACCUGCCCCAGUCAUUGGAAGAAGGGGUACCAGUUGAUCGUGAUCGUAUUGAAGCACAUGCUCGUUUGAUGCGUGACUACUUUGCUGAUGAACUGCGAUACAAUGCGAGACUUUUCAGACGAAGGUUUCAUAUGUCAAAAAAAUUAUUUGAGCGGAUAGUCCGUGAUUUGGAUGCUAGGUACCCAUAUUUUCAGACGAGAUAUGACCGUGCUGGGCGAAGAGGGUUUGCCGGGGUACAAAAGCGUACAUCUGCAAUUCGUCAAUUGGCAUAUGGCGUUAAUAGUGAUUUGUUUGACGAGUAUUUGCAGAUGUCUGAGCGAACAUCAAGGGGGUCUUGCCUAAAUUUUUGUGUUGGUAUACGGGAAAUUUAUGGAGCAAGAUACCUACGGAGACCGACUCCGUCCGAUCUUCAGCGUAUAUACGAUGUUCAUGAACAAGUUGUUGGUUUUCCCGGUACGAUCGAUAGUAUAAAUUGUAUGCAUUGGCCAUGGGAGAUGUGUCCGACGGCGUGGCGAGGUACUUACACAAGCGGGCAUGUGGGUAGACCGUCUUUGAUCCUUCAGGCUGUAGCAUCAAACGAUCUAUGGAUUUGGAAUGCGUACUUUGGACAGCAAGGUUCUCACAACGAUAUUAAUGUGUUCGAAGCAUCGCCAAUUCUUGAAUAA